AUGUUUCGGGAUUCAUUGCGACUUCUAUAUCAUGGCACCAAUGCCAGCUCCCCAAUAAUAACAAAUAAACCAUCCACGGUAACUCUUCUACGGGAAUUUGACUCCCCCGGCGUCUUCCCAGCGUCUGCACGCCUUGACCGGAGUCUCAAAGCAACGAAUGGCUUCACUAUGAAAGUUUGGGAUGUAUGGAAAUAUCCUGCCUUCGCAUUCAAUAAAGCAUCAUCCCUCGCUCUUGAUGUGAUAUCUCAUCACGUUUGGGGCCCGCGCAGAAAAUCAUGGGGCAUUGAGAUGACUAUCCUCUCUAGUCUCAUGCGAGAUGUUUCAAGGCAUUCUGCACUAGCUGAUAUCGCUAUGGUUCGCAUGGCAAUGGUGACCUUCCGUGUGCGUAAACGCAAUCUGCGUGGCAUACUUGAGACUUGCGAUGCGAUGGAAGACGAAAAACGUGAACUUUCUGGGGAGUGGAUAAUCGGGAAGAGACUCUGGCAAUCUUUGCAGUCAGAUUACAAGUCCACUCGCAAAGGAGAAGGGGCCAGCUUUGUCGACCAGACGAACAUCGAUUACGAUUCUCGAAAGGGGCAAUCUCGAGUCAUCCUCUAUAUUCACGGCGGAGCAUAUUACUCAUCUAGCGCUGCAGCACAAAGGAUGCUGACCAUACCAUUGUCCAAAUAUACCAACGCACGCGUAUUCGGUGAGCUCUUUGACCACAGCUCGCGCUUCCAUCUUUGCCUCAUCUCAACCCAAGCCAUCGAUUACCGGCUCGCUCCGGAAACAAUUUUUCCUGGUCAGCUGCACGAUGUGGUCAGCACCUACUUCCGCCUAACGGAUGACUUGCGGGUGCCGCCAGAAAAUUUAGUUGUAGCGGGCGACAGUGCGGGAGGCGCACUAGGCCUUGCACUCCUGCUCUAUCUAAGAGACAAUGGGUACACUCUUCCGGGCGGUGCCUUGUUAUUCUCUCCCUGGGUUGACUUGACCUUGAGCUGCGAAUCGUGGGAUACUAAUGCUGCCUACGACAUCAUUCCUACGCCCGGUCCAACCGCUCACUUGCACCCCGUUAUAAUGUAUCUAGGAGAUGCGCUCGAGCAGUACAUUACCCACCCAUACGCCAGCCCAUUGUUUGGCAAGUUCGAUGGACUACCGCCCAUGCUUAUUCAAUGUGGUGAUGCGGAGGUUCUGCAUGACGAAAUCGUACUUCUCUCACAUAAAGCUUCACUGGCCGGUGUCCAAGUUCAGUUGGAGACCUACGAGGAUGCUGUUCAUGUUUUUCAAGCAUUCCCUUUCUUGAAUGUUGCAACAACUGCCUUUAUCUCUUGUCGUGAAUUUGUGCGACACAGGUUGCCUCGCAUCCAAAUCCACUCGCCUCAAGUCUUAGAUAAUGACACUGAGAUUUGCCUUGAGAACGACACAGAUAACGACAACGUCCGUGUCGUCCGCGGCGAUGGUGUGGAGACUAACUCGGGAUGGCAAGAGGUUCAAGAACAGAUGGCUCGAGAAAACAUUGAUUCAAGCUAUGAAGCACAAUCGAGCUCAGCAGUGUCUCCAAGCUGGGGUCGCGCUUGGCUGGAUCUGGAGUUAACUCCUAAUAAUUCCAGCGGCAGUGAGGCAGAACCAACCACGCCUUGCGUGACCGUCGCUGGUCCAUCCCGAGUUCUUCGGCAUGCGGCGUCCACCCCAGCUCUGCGUCGAAUACAAUCUGCUAUCUCUGUUUUCUCGGAGAGAUCAGUUGCAUCCCAAUAUCUGGAGGACUGGCCUACUCGUCGCAGAAAAUUCACAUUAUCACGCGCACCAACUCGUCCGUCGUCUCCCUCCGAAUCCUCGCAUUCUCGCAUUAAUAUUCCUGCCUUUGCGACACCUUGGGCCACUAUGACAUCUGUUGCCUCGACUACCUACAUUGUAUAG